AUGCAAAUUGGAAAUCAUGAGAUAAUACAAAUUCUGGAAAAUCAGUCAUUAUACGAAACGAAUGCGAUGAAAACAGUGCGCGAGGAACUUGGCUUGUCGAAAGAACUGUCGUCUUCGGUGCAGUCAACAGACGUAAAAUGCAGUGAAGAAAAUGCAUCACUGUCAUCAAGAGGUGAUGUUCGAUCACAUUUUAACCUAACAGUUGGAGAUGCGAAAUCAACAUCUACUUUGAGAGGUGUUCGCAAUCGUGCACCCGAUGAGUUCGGCUCUUUCAAGGAAAUUCCCGGAGACUUCCAUACACAAGCCUAUGUGAUGGAAUGCCUUUCUCGUAUCAGCGGGCCUGGGGGCUUCUUCUAUACUAUCAGACAAGUACUAGGACGUCUUAAGGUGACGCCAAAAUCAUUUGUUGACAUAUUUAAGGAAGGAAACUACGAAAGGAACAUGGAUGCAUUGAACAACUACUUCUGGGGACUUUGUUUUGCAGCUGUUAUUUCAUUUGUAUCAUCCGAUUCGUUUCCAGACAAUGAAACACUAUCUGAAAUUCAAUCAAGAUGUGGCAACGUGAAUGACGUAUUGCUUGAAAAAUUCAAAGUGUACCUAGAAGAUGUUAGUCAGAGCGAUAACGUCGCGGCAUAUCACAGUAAUUUCAUUAAAACAUAUGGCCCACUCUUGCUGGCAUUCCAUGAAUCUGUUCGUUACGGCAAUGCGAAAACAAGAGAAGCAUGUUGGCUGUCAUCACUCGUUUUGUUUUGUGCGUUAAAUAAAAAGAAUUAUAAAGAUGAGGCUUAUAGCCCAUAUAACUAA